GCCACCGCCGUCCCGUCCCUCCUUCUCGCUGCCCCUCCCGCGCGCGUCCACCGGCUCCCCGGCUCGCGCCGCUCCAUGUAGCCCCGGAUCCCCGGGAGACCGAGGAGGAGGGGGUGACCACAAGAUGGCGGAUCUCUCGCUGCUUCAAGAGGACCUGCAGGAGGACGCGGACGGAUUUGGUGUGGAUGACUACAGCUCAGAGUCUGAUGUGAUUAUUAUACCUUCAGCCCUGGACUUCGUCUCACAAGAUGAAAUGUUGACGCCACUGGGGAGAUUGGACAAGUAUGCUGCAAGUGAGAACGUAUAUAACAGACAAAUGGUGGCCCGGAGUUUGCUGGAUACAUUGAGGGAAGUCUGCGAUGAUGAAAGAGAUUGUAUUGCUGUUUUGGAAAGAAUUAGCAGAUUAGCUGACGAUUCAGAACCAACUGUGAGAGCAGAGCUGAUGGAACAGGUGCCUCAUAUUGCAUUGUUUUGUCAAGAAAACCGGCCUUCAAUCCCAUAUGCUUUUUCCAAAUACUUACUACCUAUUGUGGUUAGAUAUCUCGCAGAUCAGAAUAAUCAGGUAAGAAAAACAAGUCAGGCAGCUUUGCUGGCUCUGUUGGAGCAAGAGUUAAUUGAGCGAUUUGAUGUGGAGACCAAAGUGUGCCCAGUCCUCAUAGAGCUAACUGCCCCAGAUAGCAAUGACGAUGUAAAAACCGAAGCUGUGGCUAUAAUGUGCAAAAUGGCUCCCAUGGUUGGGAAGGACAUUACAGAGCGUCUUAUUCUCCCGAGGUUUUGUGAGAUGUGCUGUGAUUGCAGAAUGUUUCACGUUCGAAAGGUCUGUGCUGCGAAUUUUGGAGAUAUUUGCAGUGUAGUUGGCCAGCAAGCUACUGAGGAAAUGUUGCUUCCCAGGUUUUUCCAGCUUUGUUCCGAUAAUGUUUGGGGAGUCCGGAAAGCUUGUGCUGAAUGCUUCAUGGCGGUUUCAUGUGCAACCUGUCAAGAAAUCCGGCGGACUAAAUUAUCAGCACUAUUUAUUAAUUUGAUCAGUGAUCCUUCACGUUGGGUUCGCCAAGCAGCUUUUCAGUCUCUGGGACCUUUCAUAUCCACAUUUGCUAAUCCAUCUAGCUCAGGCCAAUAUUUUAAAGAAGAAAGCAAAAGUUCGGAAGAUACAUCAGUAGAAGACAAAAAUAGGAUCAGAGAUCAAGAAGUCCCAGAGGAUGUACAAAUUAGGCCAGAAGAUAUUCCUUCAGAUCCCUAUAUUAGUAAUUCCAGUGUCAGUCUGGAAAACACUAUGGAAGAUUGUGCCGACACUACUAGGAAGUCUCCAGGUGAAAUAAAUGUUCCAAUGGACAGUUCUUUACUUUGUACUUUGUCCUCAGACUGUCAACAGGAAGCAGCUAGUAAUGAGAAUGAUAAAGAAUCUGGUAACUACAAAUCUACAUUACGGCUAGAGGUUGGCAUCAAUUCACAACAUUCUGCUCUCUUAGAUCAGGAAUUAUACAACUCCUUCCAUUUCUGGAGGACUCCUCUUCCUGAAAUAGAUCUAGAUAUAGAGCUUGAGCAGAGCUCUGGGAAUAAACUCAACCCAGAGAGACCAGAAGAAACACCCGAAAUAACCAUACCAGGUUCUUCAAACAUGACUAUGGCCACCAGAAAGGAACUUGAAGAAAUGAUAGAAAAUCUAGAGCCGCAUAUUGAUGAUCCAGAUGUUAGAGCACAAGUGGACGUGCUGUCUGCCGCACUGCGCGCUUCCAGUCUGGAUGCUCGUGAAGAGGUCAGUGAUGCAGAGAAGAAAAGUGAUGUGCAAGAUGACCUGGGCGUCAGUGAGCUACCAAACUGUAAAAUAAAUCAUGAUGCCUCCGUGCCUUUAAUCAGCGAUGCUGUUGAGAAUAUGGAGUCCACCCUUCGUUAUAUUCAUAAUGAUUCGGACUUGAGCACGAGUAGUAGUUUUAGCCCUGAUGAGGAAAGGAGAUCUAAAGUACAGGACGUUGUGCCUCAGGCUCUAUUAGAUCAGUAUUUAUCUAUGACUGAUCCCUCUCGUGCACAGACAGUGGACACUGAAAUUGCUAAGCACUGUGCAUACAGCCUUCCAGGCGUGGCCCUGACACUUGGCAGGCAAAACUGGCACUGCCUAAGAGAGACAUACGAGACUCUGGCAUCAGACAUGCAGUGGAAAGUUCGAAGAACUUUGGCCUUCUCCAUCCAUGAACUUGCAGUUAUUCUUGGAGAUCAGCUGACGGCUGCAGAUCUGGUUCCAAUUUUUAAUGGUUUUUUAAAAGACCUCGAUGAAGUCAGGAUAGGUGUCCUUAAACACUUGCAUGAUUUUUUAAAGCUUCUUCAUAUUGACAAAAGAAGAGAAUAUCUUUAUCAACUUCAGGAGUUUUUGGUGACAGAUAAUAGCAGAAAUUGGCGCUUUCGAGCUGAACUGGCUGAACAACUGAUUUUACUUCUAGAAUUAUAUAGUCCCAGAGAUAUUUAUGACUAUUUACGCCCCAUUGCUCUGAAUCUAUGUGCAGAUAAAGUUUCUUCUGUUCGUUGGAUUUCUUACAAGUUGGUCAGUGAGAUGGUGAAGAAGCUGCACAUGGCAACACCACCCACAUUCGGAGUAGACCUUAUCCACGAGCUCGUAGAAAAUUUUGGUAGAUGUCCCAAGUGGUCUGGUCGUCAAGCCUUUGUCUUUGUCUGCCAGACUGUCAUUGAAGAUGAUUGCCUUCCCAUGGACCAAUUUGCUGUGCAUCUGAUGCCACAUUUGCUAACCUUAGCAAACGAUAGGGUUCCAAAUGUUCGAGUGCUGCUUGCAAAGACAUUAAGACAAACUCUACUAGAAAAAGAUUAUUUCCUAACCUCUGCCAGCUGUCACCAGGAAGCUGUAGAGCAAACCAUCAUGGCUCUUCAGAUGGACCGUGACAGCGAUGUCAAGUAUUUUGCAAGCAUCCACCCUGCCAGUACCAAAAUCUCUGAAGAUGCCAUGAGCACAGCUUCCUCAACCUACUAGAAAGCUUAAACCUCGGUGUCUUUCCUGCUUCCUAAGAAGCCGAGGUUCUACACGUGCUCCGCAUGUGUGAGAGCUAGGACACUUUGGUGAGGAAGAGAGACCUUCCUCUCUUGCAGGCUUAAUUGCAGAUGCAAGUUGCCUACAUUGACACCAGGGAUUUUAACAGUCAAGAGAAAGUACAGUAAACACUAUUAUCUUAUCUUGACUUUAAGGGAAAAUAAUUUCUCAGAGGAUUAUAAUUGUCACCGAGGCCUUAAAUCUUCUGUCUUCCUGACUGAGUGAAACUUGAAUUGGCAGAGCAUUUUCCUUAUGGAAGGGGUGAGAUUCCCAGAGACCUGCGUUGCUUUCUCCUGGUUUUAUUUAAUGACUGAUAGAUGGAAUAUAGCCAGAAGGUGGCUGUGAGCCAGGAUACGAAAGAGACCUUCAGUAUUAGCCCUCACUGUUUCCACGCAGGCAAGGACCUGUGCGGUUCUGUGGUUAGCCGCCAGUCCAGCCCUAAGCGUGAAUAGUUUUUGACGUAUAUUAAUGAGAAAGGAGAUUUUUAAGAAUUUCUCCUAAGGGCUUGAUGCUAACACUAAACUAGAAUAUGAUUUUAACUCAUAAAUGCAGCAUAUUGCUGUACACAUUUACAGAACGUUUGCUGAGUUAUCUAUGUCCUGAAUUUUUUUCAUGCUGGUCAUGACCUGAAUGAAAUUAGCACGUUUACUGUACGUCAGGUGUUUUUAACUUGAUCAUGAUCAGCUCUGAGGUGCAACUUUUUCUUCACAUACUGUACAUAUCUGUGACCACUCUUAAGAGUGUUGCAGUCUUUAAUCAUGCUGUUUAAAACUGUUGUGGCACAAGUUCUCUUGUCCAAUAAAAUUUAUUAAUAAGAUCUGUAUAGAGAGAUAUAUACACUUUUGAUUGUUUUAUAGAUAUCUGCGAAUAAAUGCAAUUUGUGACCUGUAUUAAUGACUUAGUAUAAAAUGGGAAAACUAGAUUAAAAAUUUGUCUUUUAACUAGUUUAGUAAUUUCUUUGAAAUCUGCACAUGCCCCUGGGAACGGUUCUGCUCUUAGCAGGUGGCGGGGGUAUCCUGGGUGCUGUGCUCCCCAAGGCUGGUCCAGGCGUGGCUUGUCCUCCAUCAUGUGUUACAAGCUGUGGCAGCCGAAUUCUGAGGAUGGAAAGGGCUUGUUGGAUCCCGCCUAAGGUGCAGCUUUUGUUACACAGCAUCUUCCAGGGGAAAAGGUGGGCUUCCAGAGGCAGUUAUAAAAGCAAGCAAAUCUAAAAAAUUGAUGAUUCUAUAGUUUUUUUAAAUCCCC